UGUCAGUUUUGAUGUUGUCAACAGGGCACCACAGUGUUCCCUCUUCUGAUGUCAGUCCUGUACGAUGAGAGUCAGUGGGAGAAGCCAGGGACCUUCCAUCCCGCCCACUUCCUGGACAAAGACGGAAAGUUUAUAAAGCGAGACGCCUUCAUGCCAUUUUCUGCAGGUCGCCGAAUUUGUCUCGGAGAGAGUCUGGCCAAGAUGGAGCUCUUCCUUUUCUUCACCACCCUCCUGCAGCGCUUCCGUUUUACUCCUCCACCUGGAGUUUCUGAGGACGACCUGGAUCUGACUCCACGUGUCGGCUUAACUGUCGCCCCUUCAUCUCAUAAACUGUGUGCCAUUCUCCGUAUUUAAAAACUCAAAAAAAAAAGUAACACAUCAAAAUUAUCUUCGACAGAUGACACAGAUAACAAAAACUGAAGGGAUCUUUUUGCAUAUUUCUACCCUUUGGAGAGUGACACUAUGGAUUAAAUAUUGUUGCAAAAUGAUGAUGGAAUAUUUAUGUGUAAUGUAUUUGUUCAAAACCAAAAAAACACAGAAAGACAUGUGUUCAUCAUCAUUGUUGUAGAACAACCCCACAGCAGGAUACUGCCACCACCAUGCUUCCCAGUGUUGCAUUUCUAGUCAUGGGCAGUGUUUGAUUUCUACCAAAUAAAGAUUCUAGUCCCAGCACAAAAAGAUUUAAUAUGAGCUUUGCCACUCUCUUUAACUGGUGAAGAACCAAUGCAGCUCUUUCAGGUUAAUCAUGGGUGUCUUGGUGACUAUUCUUGGUAGAUUUAUUCCUUCCAAUUCUACUUUUCAAUAAUCUCCUGUCUAAAAUUCUUAGGUGGUCAUUAAAGUGACUGAGAAAUUCAAA